AUGGCGCCGACGAACAAGCAGUGGGUGAGCAAGCUGGAUGGCGUGGCCAAGCUGGAGAUGGUGGAGGGCGAGAUGCCCGUUCCCAAGGACGGAGAGGUGCUGGUCAAGAUUCAUGCCGUGGGCAUCAAUUACCGUGACAUUGAGGUCUGCGAAGGCAAAUACAGCCACCACCAAACCCCUUCCGACUCGCCCUCGGGCGUCGUCAUCUGCUCCGACAUGUGCGGCACCGUCCUCGAGACCAAAUCCCCGCUCCUCCGCGCCGGCACCCGCGUCAUGUCCGUCUACCUGCAGACGCACCUCUCCGGCGCGCUGCGGCAGUCCGAUCUGGAGUCCGGGCUGGGGUUCCCCUUGCCGGGCGUGCUGGCGGAGUUUCGGUGCUUUGAUGCGAGGGCGCUGGUGCCUGUGCCGGAGUACCUGACUGACGAGGAGGCGAGCUGUUUGCCGAUUGCGGGGGUGACGGCGUGGAUGGCGCUGAAUUGGAUGAGGCCUAUUGGCAAGGCUUUCCAGAAGCUGGAUCUGUAUGGGCAGGGUGGGAAGAGGGAUGAUGAUGAUGAUGAUGGUGACGAGGACAAGAAGAAGAAGGAGAAGGAGAAGGAGACUGUGCUGUUGCAGGGGACGGGAGGCGUGAGCAUUGCGGGACUGCAGAUUGCCAAGGCGGCUGGCCUCCGGACAAUCAUCACGUCGUCGUCGGACGAGAAGCUCGAGCAGGCGAAGAAGCUGGGCGCGGACCACACAGUCAACUACCGCACGUACUGGGAGUGGCAGGACCAGGUGCUCGAGGCGACGGGCGGCAAGGGAGCGGACUACGUCCUCGAGGUGGGCGGCGCCAAGACGCUGCGCAAGAGCUUUGCGAGCGUGGCGUUUGGCGGGACGAUUAGCUGCAUCGGCUACGUCUCUGGCAAGGAGGACGAUACGGGUGAUGACAAGGGGGAGGCUGCGGGGUGGAACAGGUUGAAUGUGAAUGUGCUUGCGCUGAGGAGGAAUGUGACGCUCAAGGGACUGAUCAACGGGGGCAAGGACCGGUUUGAGGAGAUGGUGAGGUUCUAUGAGGAUAAGGGGAUACGACCGGUGGUGUGCAAGGUGUUUGGGAUGGGCGAGGGGAGGGAGGCGCUGGAGUAUGUCAAGGGCGGAAAGCACUUUGGCAAGGUUGUGGUGAGGGUCGAUAAGGAGUGA